CAGCCAAUAAGACAUUUUUCUUGGCACUAGGCUUAGUAGGCUAGUUGAUUAGUACACCAAAUGUUUUAGCUAAUAGAUACUAAAAUUUGAAUCAUGAUAAUUUCAUACAAAUAUUUUCGUUCCUCCUACCUCAAAGUGUAACAGUUCAAAAAAUAUUAACAAUAAUAAGACUUUUUCCUUGAAAGACCCGCGUUUCUGCUCUUCUUCUUUUCUUCUCCCCUGCAACCCGAGAAAGAGCCCCAGCCACGGUCACCCAUUUCCGGCCAGAAAUCCGGCAAAGCUUGGGGAUUUCUCCCUAUUUUCUUGUCUUAGAACACCUGUUGAACCUAGAAAAUCCCAGAUCUGCGUCUUCCUCCCUCUGCUGUCCGUCGGCUUCAACUUGUGGGUUUGGAAUUUCUGGGCGUUUUUCGGUAAGACAGCCCUGAAUCUCCCUUUUCUCUCUUGAUUUAGGCUUGGGUUUACCUCGAAUUGUGUUUUGGUUUUUGGAUUGGGUAGCCCGUGAGUUCCCCUGCAGAAUUUCUUCUUCUUUGCCGCCGGCUUUUCCCCCUUGCUAGGCUCGGUUUUGCUUGCUAAAUUUUGGUUUUGAUCGUUCUGUCACCGUAGCACUUGGGUUAGCCUUCUGUUCUGUGCGAGUGAGGUAAGUAAAAUUAUGGUAAAGCCCUUCGAUUUUAAAGCAUGUUUUCAACUGUUUUUGAGAUGGUGGCAAGGUUUAAAUUGAUUUUAUCGGCAUUUGAGUGUGAUUAAACUGGAAUGCAAAUUGUGAUGGGUUUUAUGGGAAAUUUCUUUGUUUUUCUGAAAAUGAGGAUUUUAUUGAUUUUCUGGAAGUGAGCAUGAUUGGAAAUGAAAAAGUGAGAAUUUCAUGGUUUUUCUGGAGUUAUUGUGCCGAGCAUGAUUGGUUUGAAAUUAAGUGGAGCAUGCCUAUUUGGAACUGAUUGAACUGUUUUGAUUAACUGAGAGUUUUGUAAAUUAUGAUUUUCUGUUAAAUCCAUGCCCACAUGGAAUGUUCUGGUUAUUUAUGAAAUUAUGGAUUUCGAUCGUGAAUUUGGGACUUCGAUUGUGAAAUUACGGAUUUUGAUUGUGAAUCCUGCAUGGUUUUGUCUCUGAUAUAGUCAUGAUUUCCGAUCCCCGCUAGUGGGUGUGUAACACUUCCGAUCCCCGCUAGUGGGUGUAACGCUGGCACUUCCGAUCCUCGCUAGUGGGUGUGUAACACUUCCGAUCCCCGCUAGUGAGUGUAAUGCUAGCACUUCCGAUCCCCGCUAGUGGGUGUGUAGCACUUUCGAUCCCCACUAGUGGGUGUAACGCUAGCACAUGUCGACAUGUUUACUGAUGUGACCGGUUCAUUCUGACGCUUGCCUCUGGGCGAAUACAUUGGCAAAUUUCUGUCGCCUACCAGUGGGUUGUUAUAACACUGGCCAUGACUUAUAGAUGAGACUACUGAACUGAGUUUUCUUCAGCAUUAACGGUUUGUUAUGAGAUGUUUUGUUAUUGAACUGAAUCUGAUUCUGCAGUAAUGGUUUUGUCAUUGAACGUUUUGCUAUUGAACUGAACUUGAUUUUCGCAUUAACGGUUUAUCAGUGAAAGUUUUGCUACGUUUACAUGGUUUAUCUGGCAUGUUAAAAGUUUUACCCAAGGGCUAUCCAUAUUUACUUACUGAGUUUAUCUCAUAGUUUUCCUUGUCCACCAUUUCAGGAAGUGAAACCGAGGACGGGGAAACCACGGGAAGUGACGAGUUAGAAGGCUAGCCAUUUCGAGAUUGAGCAUAGAUUUAGAAAUAAAUCAUGAUCUUGUAUUUGGAGACUUUAUUGGAGAUUUACGGUAUUAGAGCAAAUUAUAAAUUUUGAUCUUGAGAUUUUGAUGGUAUUAGUUCGUGAUUUGAAUAAGUUUCGAGCCUUGUGCAUUUGUGGGACCCGUCUCACGAGUGCAC